AUGAUGGUACAACCUUUCGUCGUCAAUACAAUCCGCUCCCUCUUUACCAAACAGCAGUCUGCCCCAACUUUCCAGAUUCUAUCUGAUCUACAUCUGGAAGUGUGCUCACAAUAUUACACAUUUUUGAUUGCACCUGUGGCACCCUAUCUCAUCUUAGCGGGAGACAUUGGGCGUCUUAUUGAUUAUGAGGAUUACCUAGCAUUUCUUGCAAAGCAGACCGCGCAAUUUGAAAGGGUUUUCCUAGUUCUUGGAAAUCACGAGUUUUACCACUUUUCACGCACCAGCGCUUUGGAACAAGCUCGAAGACUCGAAAAUGAAGCAGCUUUGAACGAUAAACUAGUUUUGUGUCAUCAAAAACGAUGGGAUAUUGAACUUGGAGAUUCACAGACCACGAUCUUGGGUUGUACACUUUGGUCAAAAAUCGAUGAUGGCGCAAGGGAGGCGGUUCAAGCAAGAUUAAAGGAUCUCGAAAAGAUAGAUAAUUGGUCGAUUGACGAUCAUAACGCUGCACAUAUAUCUGAUCUGACAUGGCUUUUCAACGAAGUUACGAAUAUUCAGAACCAAAACAAAUCUAGGGCCGAAGGGGAACCUGAAAAGAAGAUAUUGGUGAUCACACAUCAUGCGCCGACGAUAGUCGGCACGUCUAGUCCAAAGAAUUCUAAUAAUCCUUGGGGCUCAGUAUUUGCUACUGAGCUCCUUGGAAAUUCAAGUACGAACUGGGUUGAUGUUAAAGUAUGGGUUUUUGGACAUACCCAUUUUACAACGGACAUGGAAAAAAAUGGUGUACGAGUUUUAAGCAACCAGAGAGGUUAUGUAAUUCCAGGAAGUCAAGGAAAAAAAGAUGAGGAAAUUGAGGAAAUGGCCUUUGAUCCGAAGAGAGUAUUCAGUAUCUGA